UUACGCACUAACCUCCUGUUAGAUUGGUGUCACAAAAAUCCAAUCCCUCUCUCUCUCUCUCUCUCUCGUUCAUGCGCGUUUCGUAGCCGACAAAAAAACAAUUCAGCAAACUACGACGGACGAAGCUUUCUAUGUCUGUCACAGGUGCAUAUUUCCUUGCGCUUCUGAAAAACCCUCAUCUUUUCCCCGUCGAUCAUCGAUGUAACUGUAAAUUCAGAAUUUAUUCCUUCCAAAUUCAGCUGUAACUAUAUUUCUCCAAUUUUAUGAUCAAUCUUUUUGCCUUCCACUUCCACAUAUCCCCGCAUCUCUAUCCCUCAAAUUCAACUCAAUUAGCUUCUUAAUUGCCUCAAUUUCAAUUUGUAUUUUAGAGUAACUGAGCUUCAAAAUCUCCCAAAAGUGAUUGUUGAUGAUGGAACAUUUGUAUGGUUUCUAUCUUCCGAAACACUCCAAAUUUCGUGGAACUUUCAAUGGACUUUGUAUAUUGUUACUCUUACUUCUUCUCUUGGUCUUCCACCAAGUGGGCAUUUUUAAAAGUCCUUUUCUCAUGAAUUCCUCUCUGUUUCCUUCGCAAAAAUGGAGCUUAAAGGGUCGUGUAUACCAUCGUGUCAAUCCGGUCGAGUCCAGUCGAAGGAGAACUUCUGAAACUAUUGUGAAUUCCUUGAAUUAUAAUCUUGAGGAAAAUGGGUUGUUACAGAGUAAUUUGAAUGCAAUUGGAAGCCCCUCUGCCUGCACUGGUUUGUAUAAACACGAAGGUUACUCGACCAAAUGUGAAUACUUGAGAGCCAAUCGUGAAUGUUCAUCAGGAGGCUUUUUCAAUUACCUUAUGUUCUUUUACUGCGACUGCGAAAAUUUUAGUUUUCUGGGUUUUGUGGCUUUGGUAAUAUGGUUAGCUUCUUUGUUUUAUAUGUUGGGUAAUACUGCGGCGGACUAUUUCUGUUGUCUUCUUGAGAAGCUCUCAGAUAUAUUGAAAUUUCGGCCCACAGUUGCAGGGGUAACUCUGCUUCCACUGGGGAACGGGGCACCCGAUGUGUUUGCUAGCAUUGUUGCAUUUUUGGGCAGUGGUUCCGGUGAAGUGGGGCUGAAUAGCGUGUUGGGUGCAGCUUUGUUUGUUACUUGUGUUGUUGUGGGAACUGUAUCCUUUUGUGUGGCGAAACUAGACGUUCAGAUUGAUAAAAAAUGCUUCAUUAGAGAUGUGUGUUUCUUUCUCUUAGCGUUGAUUUCACUUCUUGUUAUUUUGAUCGUUGGUAAGGUGAGCAUUGGUGGUGCAGUUGCCUUUGUGUCGAUAUAUGUGGUCUAUGGAUUCUGUGUUGCUGGAAAUGAGAUAUUGCAAAAGCAUGCCCCGAGGUUAGAUUCGGAUUCUCUUGUGCCGUUGCUACCGGUCACAAUGUAUUCUCUUGAAGAUGAAAAGGAUGAGUCCGUUGAUUCUGAUUAUACAGAUGGGGUUCCGCAUCUCCAAGCUAAGCUGCCUCAUUGGAUGUGGGCCGCAGAUGUGGCAAUUUAUUCAAAUGAGGCAGUGAAGGCUAAUUUGAUAGAUAGACCAGAGCCUCUAUGGGGCUGGAAUGAUGAGGAGAUGGUAAAUAACCACUCAUCUUUCUGCUGUCGGAAGGUAUUAUUCUCCUGUUCCAAGUUAUGUGCUUUGCUAAAAUUGCCCUUGACACUACCAAGACAGUUGACAAUUCCUGUAGUUGAGGAAGAACGCUGGUCGAAGGGGUAUGCUGUGGCUAGUGCUUCAUUGGCGCCCAUGCUUCUGGCACUACUGUGGAACACUCGAGAUAAUGUGGGUUCUCUUAGUGGAGGAAUUGCAUGUUUUGUUGGUGCUAUUGUAGGCAGUACAUUUGGUCUUCUUGCAUUUAUAUACACCAGAGCCAAUCGGCCACCUCGCAGAUUCUUAUUUUUGUGGGUUUUGGGGGGUUUCUUUAUGAGCAUCAUAUGGUUCUACAUUAUUGCAAAUGAGCUUGUUGCCCUGCUGGUGGCAUUGGGUGUUAUACUUGAAAUAAAGGCAUCACUCCUUGGGUUAACUGUAAUGGCAUGGGGCAAUUCAACAGGUGAUAUAGUGUCCAAUGUUGCAAUGGCGAUGACUGGAGGAGAUGGUGUUCAGAUUGCCAUGUCAGGCUGCUAUGCUGGCCCUAUGUUCAUCACACUCAUUGGUUUGGGAAUCUCUAUGCUGCUUGGUGCCUUGUCAACUAGACCUGCGUCAUUCAUAGUUCCAGGGGACACUGGCUUGUAUUAUACUAUGGGUUUCCUCGUGUGUGGGCUUGUUUGGUCACUCAUUGUGUUACCAAGAAACAAUAUGCGCCCUGGCAAGUUGUUGGGAAUUGGUCUAAUAACUAUUUAUUUUAUUUUCCUCUCAAUCAGGAUUAGCAUCGCUAUAGGUGGUUGGUCAUUGGAAAACUUGUCUUGAUUUUUAUUGGUGGUCAGUGUAAUAUCUAACCCUGAAGUUGUUAAUAUUGACGUUGACAGUGGUAAGUUUGUACACGGGCAAUUUGGGGCCAAUGCCAGUGCCAUGAGUUGUCUGAAAGCAUACAUGUACAUAUGAUUAAAGCUUAAAGCAUGCUUCCUUCUCCCUGUUGAUAUCUGUCAAAUUUUCUGUUUUUCUUUAAGUUAUAUCAGAACUAAACAUGUAUAUGUGCUUUUCAGGUGCUUUCUUUUAGUGUUUGGCUGCUCUUUCUGGACCCUAGGCUAUCACAUUGUUAUGUGGAAAAAUGCAGAUUGAAGCUCAAUGCAAAUUCCUCAUUCUUUGUAUCAUGACAGAGUAUUUGUCUUGGGCAUAAUCCUUAAAUAGAUUUUUUUCUCUAAAUGUAGUUAUAUCUUUUUUCGCUUCCAAACAACCUACAUCUUUACAACAAUAUCUACACACAUAUAGUUUCAUAUUCUCUUGAUCAAGAAAUCCCAUGAUCAUACAUGUAUUUUUCACAUCAAGUUUGAUUGGGCUUCUGUAUAAGGCAUUCAGCUUCUCCAUCUAGUUUUCCACUUCUGUAUUCACUCAGGCUUGUAUUGCAAUAUGUGGUGCUUGCAGCCGUAGUUAGGAUGAAUUGCUGGCCUUAUCUGUCAUCAGUUUCUAUAUAUGCCCUUAUCUUUUAUGAAUUGCUACCCUCAUCUGUCAUCAGUUUCUAUGCAUGCUACUCCUGAUCUUUCAUCAAUGUCAGUAUAUGCUAUAAGGGAGAUGGAAAAUAUAUGUCACAGCUGAUAAGUAAUGGCGUGCGUGAAGAAUGUGGAAUGAAGCAAAUGUGCAGAUAUAUACUGAAUGUGCCAAGGUAUGCGUAGUAAAUCUUUUUUUAUGCUCCGAAGUGAUCUGGUUUCCCUCUGUUAUUCCAUUUUUUUUUUCUGUUACUCCAUUUAGGCUCAUGCUUAAAGCAGUAAAUUGCAUUAAGUACGUAUUCUUCAAGAUAACAGCAGUUAUAGCAUCUUGAGUAUUUUUGCACCUGCAUAGUUUUGUGCCAUACCCUGUAGUUCUUUGAUCUCUACAUUAUAGACUUUGCACCUCCCAUUGUUAACAGUUUCAAGUAACAAUCAAAAAAAUGUUAAUGGUACAAAAUUACCGAGUUAAUCCUCUAGUCAAGAAAGUUGUAAUAUGCUACGUUUGAUACAUAGGGACAUUGAAAUUAUCUUCAGGCAUUAGUUUCUGAUUGAUUCAGCAUCUGGUAGAUCCAUCAUAUAUGUAGUCAAGAAUGGCAAUGACUCCAAAAAUAAAGGCCUGAUCAAUGCCAGGCUUCACCAGCACAUGAUAUAGAUCCUUGCUCGCCAUCACUUCCUUCAACUCCUCCUCCAUUCCAACCUGUGCAUCAUUAACGAUAAAUCCAUUGCAUUAGAAUCUUUUUUUCCUCAU